GACUAAUAUAACAUAGAAAAUAUUUGCAUUUUUUCAGACUUUGCACAUAUACCGCUUCUUUAACGUGCAGAUGUAAAACGACAAUGAUGAAGGAAAACUCGGAUCUCGCUCACGUUCUCGUUUUAUCCAGUAAACCGGUUCGUUUUCUUUUCUUCUGAAAGUCCUAACCGGAAAUUACUUGAAAAGCGACCGGAAUCUCUUCCUGGUCGAUGUGGACAGAAAGAAGAAAUUCAGGGUGAGGUCUGUUGUUGUAGUUGCGAUAAUAAUGGGGAGAAUUACUGACGAUAUGUCGGGAGAGGCCCGUGGUUUAUGCAGGACUGCGUUGUGCGGCGUAUGAAGCCCACUUUCAUUAUGCUUGAACAGAUGUGCAGCGCUGCAUUCUCCAUGGACACUGUGUUAGCCGCUAACGCUACAGACUAGUGCACCUGUGACCGGCUUCUUUGUGUCAUUUCAAUCUGCGGUUAUUUUCCCCAUUGACUGUUAGUUAACUCAGCUUAUUAAGGUGAACUUUAGGAGGUUUUUUGCAAUCAUCCAGGGCGGCAAGCCCCAGUCACUGGUAUCCGACGUGCUGUGCAAGGUUGACGAAGAAGUCCGUCUCCAGAAAUGCGUGGUGUUCGCUCAGUUUGCCCCUGGCUGGAUGUUUAUAGAUCCACAUAGUCCCAGAAUAGUUCCGAAAGUCAGCGAUGGCGUCAUCCAAAGCAAAGGUCGGAGUCAACAGUGAGACAAACGCCCUUAAAGACAGUAAAAGCAACGCGAGCAGCUCAGCUGAGGACGCCUCACCACAUAACCGCACAUAUUGCCUUGAUGACCUGGAGACUGUCGCCACAGUCGGCACGGGGACUUUUGGACGGGUCUUCCUGGUCAAGGACAAAAAGAGCAGGGCCUUCUUUGCCCUGAAGCAGAUGAAGAUCCCUGACGUGAUCCGACUGAAGCAGGAGCAGCACGUCCACAACGAGAAGGAGGUGCUGAGCGAGGUCAACCACUCCUUUCUCAUCAGACUGUUCUGGACUCACCACGAUGAACGUUUUCUCUAUAUGCUCAUGGACUACGUGCCGGGCGGCGAGCUCUUCAGCUACUUACGGAGCCGUGGGCGCUUCAGCAACGCCACGGGCCUUUUCUAUACCUCUGAGAUCGUUUGUGCCAUUGAGUACCUCCACUCCAAAGAAAUUGUGUAUCGAGACCUGAAGCCUGAGAACAUCUUGCUGGACAGCGAAGGACACAUCCGUCUGACCGACUUUGGCUUUGCCAAGAAGCUCACGGACAGGACCUGGACUCUGUGUGGGACUCCUGAGUAUCUGGCCCCUGAAGUCAUCCAAAGCAAAGGUCACGGCCGGGCAGUGGACUGGUGGGCUCUGGGCAUCCUCAUCUUUGAAAUGCUGGCUGGGUAUCCACCUUUCUUUGAUGACAAUCCAUUUGGAAUCUAUCAGAAGAUUCUGGCUGCAAAACUGGAAUUCCCACGUCAUCUGGAUUUCUAUGUCAAAGACCUCAUAAAGAAGUUUCUUGUGAUUGACCGAGCCAGACGGCUAGGCAACAUGAAGAAUGGAGCCGACGACGUGAAAAAGCACCGAUGGUUUAAAACUAUUGACUGGGAGGCCGUUCCUCUGAGGAAACUAAAGCCUCCUAUAGUUCCUAAGGUUUCCCAUGAGGGCGACACCUCCAACUUUGAUGUUUACCCAGAGGACGACUGGAAAAAAGACCCCCCCGUGGCCGAGAAAGACUUGGAGGUCUUCAAAAACUUCUGAUCCCUCAGCCGUGUCUAUUUAUUAAUCAAUUGAUUUAUGUGGAUAACUAACAACACACAUUGUAAAACUACUAUUGCAGGUACUCUGUUGGAGAAAACACUUAUUUAUCAAAUUGGGGGAUUUGCAUCUUAUCUGUAAUAAUGAACUUCCAAAGGACAGAUGCUGUGACGUGUAUGUAUGAAACUAAAGACAUGGUUAGCUUUUUAUACUUUUAUUUAUCUGCUACUUUGAGUUUAUUUUAUUUUUUGUUUUUAUUCUCUGAGCCAUUCAUAUGCAAAAAUAUCUGGUUCAUCUGAAACCAAAAGACUGUUACUUUCUGGGUAUAAAACAGAAAAAAAAUCAGGUCCUUUUAUAUAGUCGUGUUUUAUAGUUUCUCUCUUUUUAAAAUGUUCAUGUAGUCAUGUUCAAUGUGACUGCAGACUGGUACUGUAACAGUCUUCUGAUCAGCAGUCAUUAAUGACUUAUUCUAUAUGUAGUCAGACACUUGGACAGGAAACCAGUAGCACUUGUAAAGAAAGUGCCUUACAUCACUGUUUGAUGUCUCGCAGCUACACAUUUGAAUUCUGUGCUGUCAAUGGAGUUCAAAGUAUAGUGGACGUGGAACGUGAGGUGCUGUUGGAGACAACAUACCACUGAACUGUUGUCACAUCUAAUAAUGUAAAGCUGUGUAACAUCUCUGCGUUAGGUCUCCACAGCCCAAGGUUUUUGCCAUGACUGUAGAGCCACAGCUGCUCUGCAGGCGCUUUGCUGCACCUCACUCAUUUUCAUUCUUGUUGUCGUAUUUUGUUUAAAGCCAAGGAUGUUAUGUAAGAGCCUCAUUUAGUGCAUCACAGUACAGAGUGAAUGUGCAGUUGUUAGGGAUACGAAUCUAAAUUCUCUAGAAGAACCAGUUCCCAGUUAUAGUUAGUCUGCCUGCCCAUCAACCCUGCUUAUCCCCUUGCAUUUGCACUACAGUCAGCCGAUUUCAGUUCAUGCGCCGAUGAGGUGGCACAGUUAUCUUUAUUGCACAAAACCGUGAGAGUGCAGUGGUACAAAGGAAAGUGUGUCAGGACAGAAACAGCUGUUAAUGAUGUCGCUAACACAACAGCUCUUUGGAGGCGCUUACACAGACAGCACAGCGUGCUAACGCUAAGCUAGCCAAGAACCCAGAGUUAAAUGAAAGCAUCGUGAAUCUGACGCCAGCCCAGCGGUCAGAGCCUGAACAUUGACCGGCAUCGAAGCCAGCGAUGAAGCCUUCAUCUCUACCUGUUCAUGUUUCUAAAGUAGAGGCACCGUGGCGAUCGCUUAAAGUCUGUGCUGGUUUUCAUCUUUGCUUCGUGUUCAUACCUAAAUACUAAGACAAGGAUCACAUGCGUGUCCUCGUCAGGACAGGGAUUUGUGUCGGUGUGUGCUGGGACUGUAGCCUCAUGUUAUUAAAUGCUUAUAAGAUGAUAGUUUCAGGUCACAAAGGACUUUCUCCUGGGAACAGUAAACUAAAGCACUUCAUUGCUUUUAAGAACGGUGUUCUGACUAAUAUAUUUUUGAGUAAUGACCCCAGCACUGAUCGCACAGCAUGCAAUUACUCUGAACGACUAUAAUGUUGUUGAUGUGCUGCUUAGUGAAGGUGAUGACUCUAAAAGCGGAGCCAGUGAAAAUCAAUCGGUGAUAUUGAUCUUAUCAGUUCCCAUUCUUAGCAUUCGUACAGUCAGUAUUCAUUAGCAUUUCUGUGAACUGUUGCUUGCUGAAUAUCACAACCAUAUCAACCUUCCAAAAUAAACCUUGUUUAUCACGGG